AUGGAAAUUCAAAAUGAACUUUCUUUGAUUAAACCAAUUGGCGGAAGUCAUGAUUUUUGCACUUAUUCACUAUCCUCCAAGCAGGUGACAGAGAAUUCUCUGAUAAUGUCUACUUCUUUUCCUGAUGACUAUGGAAUCGGCAUCUUAAGUAGGCGGUAUAUUUUAAUAGUGGGAGGAAUUUAUCAACCAACUGGCCAUUUGAUUGACCAAGUAAUUUUGAUUGAUUCUCAGACUUUAGAUGUGACUGAGCUUCCUCCUUUACCCUGUAAGAUGAAAGGAUUAAGGGUAAUUGAAUACAAUGACGAGGCAUAUACUAUUGGAGGAUGUGUGGAGACUAAAGAAGGGGAAUUAAAAUUACUAGGCAACUGCUAUAAAUUUUCAUUAAAUUUCCGCACCUGAAUUGAUGUAGCAAGUAUGCCUUACCCUUGUGUUUUCCCUGGAUGCUUCAGAAUUGACAAUUUUAUAUGAGCUACCGGAGGGCUAAGCAAAGACAGUGAGUCCACAAGAGUGCUUGAUUGUAUUAGAAUUUAUGAUAUAUUAACCAACACAUGGCGUAUCAACGAAUUCCCUUUGCUUCGGCCUUCUUAUCUUCACUACUGCUUAUUAUUUCCAGACAGAAGAGUUUUAAUUUUUGGAGGUCUAAGAGAUCAAAACAGUAAUCGAUUCAGCUACUGGCUAGGCAGUGACAAAAGAAAAGAAAUGCCUUUACGUAUUUCUAUGGGAAUUAUAGAUCCUCCUCUAUUAUACAAUAAUAAAGUUUUUGCAUUCAAUGACGAAAUGAAUUUAUUAAUCUACAACCUUGAAACUGAAACUUGGGACACACAAGACCCUUACCUCCCUUAG